AUGCGUAUCUCGGUUGUCUCUCUUCUGGCCUUGGCUGCAAGUGCUGUGGCUGUUCCAGUUUCCGACAACAUCGGCUCUCUGGAGAAACGCUGCGAGUGGAACGAUGGUCACGGUCCAUCAGCUGAAGGGCGCGAGCGCUCGGAAUUCAUAAUCAAGGGUAACAACUUCGAGCAGCGAGGUUUUCCAAGAUGCGAUCCCUGGCAAGGCGGCAACUAUCAGCCAUUCUCGAGCCCGCUGCCUUACAUUGUCAUGGUGGCUCCUGGCAAUACCUGCGAAACCAGAUUGCCUGAGGCUUGGUGGGAUGAUCUGCAUAUUAAGUAUGCCAGCACCUUUUUGAAUGCACCUACAGACACCCGCUGUGGACCGGUCGAGAAUGGUUGGGGCCGCCGUUGCAUCAUUGCCCAGCGCCCUUAA